UGACGUCACGUGACAGUUGUGUCAGCUGAGCAGGACGUCGCAAAGAUGGUGAUUUUCAGUGUGUAUGUGGUGAACAAGGCUGGAGGUUUAAUUUAUCAAUAUGACAACUAUGUCCCGAGAGCGGAGGCCGAGAAAACAUUUAGCUAUCCUUUAGAUUUAGUGCUCAAACAUCACGAUGAAAAGGUCGUCGUGUCGUUUGGACAGCGGGACGGAAUCAGAGUGGGCCAUGCAGUGCUGUCCAUCAAUGGAGUGGAUGUGCUUGGCAAGAACACAGCAGAAGGAAAGGACAUCAUUGAAUACUUAAAGGAUCCCUCAAAUUACCCAGUGUCUAUUCGCUUUGGACGAGCACGCCUGAGCUCCAAUGAGAAGCUGAUGCUGGCAUCUAUGUUCCAUUCCUUGUUUGCUAUAGGUUCACAGCUGUCUCCUGAGGUUGGCAGCUCAGGGAUUGAGAUGCUAGAGACGGACAUGUUCAAACUCCACUGCUUCCAGACUCUCACAGGGAUAAAGUUCAUCGUGCUCGCGGACCCUCGACAGUCUGGUAUUGAUGCACUACUGAGGAAGAUUUAUGAGAUCUAUUCAGAUUUUGCCCUCAAGAACCCGUUUUAUUCUUUGGAAAUGCCAAUCAGGUGUGAACUCUUUGACCAAAAUUUGAAGAGCUCGCUGGAGAUCGCAGAGAAAGCUGGCAACUUCGGAGCUGGAUCUUGAACCAGAGAGGAGUAGAAAGAGCGUGCUAUCAUUUCUAACCACAACAGAUCCCCUGACUUAUUUUAAAGUUGCGUUAAGUUUGCGGGAAAUACAAGUGGAUUCUGUGUCUUUUUCCAAGUUGGUAUCAGUUGACACAUUGUAAAUACAUUUUGUUUUGUAAAUACUUGAAGAUUAAAUGCUGCAAAAGUUUCACAUCAUGUUUGUUUUUGCUGCAAAUACGUUGAAUUAAUGAGGCAUUCAACUGUAGUCUAAGGGGCACUGAGAAUAAACAAUGAAAGUGACUGAAAAAACAUAACAACAAAGUAGCAUUUAUUCAAGCCUUUGACUGUUCUCAGAAGGAAGACCCCAUAUUUUAGCUUUCUACAAAAAAAAUGUGCAAGUGUUGUAAUUCCAUCACGAGUCAUAUUACAGAGUUGUUUUUUUUAACACAGAUACUGUAUAACGUACCAGUUUCCUAACCAGGUUCCAGUUUUGUGCUCCUAUGAUUGAAAUAACUUUCCUGUAAUUGUGUUUUGCGACACUUCAUUAUAUGACAUAAUGUGCAGUCA